AUGGAUGCCCUCACCGCGCUCGGACUUGCAGCCAACAUCUUGCAAUUUGUCGAGGUCACGGGACGGCUCAUCUCCUCGGCCCGCGAGCUCUCUCAGCAGGGCGCAAAGUCGGAAUACGUGGAGCUCGAAGCGAUCGCACAGCAACUGCGCGGCCUGGCCGAAGGGAUCCGUCCGCCACAAGACGGCGACGAUGACGAGGACCCAGCACACACGCACACCGAUGGCGGCGUUGGAAAGCUCGCCACGUCUUCAAUCGAGAUCGCAAAUGAGCUGCUCGGCGCCCUCGACUCCCUGAAGCUCCAGGGAGGGAAGCAUAAGUGGAAAUCCUUCCACCAAGCUCUGAGGACCGUCUGGAAGGCCGGGAAGAUCGAGGAUUUACAGAAGAGGAUGGACAAGCUCAGCAAAGCCCUCAACUCUGAAUUGAUGGCCUCGCAACAACGCCAGAUUUUUAGGAAGCUGGACCUUCUCGCCGCACACAAUCGCCGACUUGAGGCCGCUAGGGCUAAGGAUAUCCAGGAUCUGAGGGGCCGGCUUCAGGGCGCGUACGACGGUCUCAAAAAGGAGCUGCACGGAGAUGAAUCCCACAGGGCUCCAAUGUCGGCUCUCCUCCAUGUUGCUGAGAAGGAGGUUCAGUAUUCAGCCGAGCAGGCCGUGCUAGACAAGCUGAGAUUCGACACCAUUGAUGACCGGUACGAGGGCAUACGAUUGGCGCAUUCCAAGAGCUUUUGCUGGGUAUUUGGGACACAACUUGAGAAGGACGCGCCUCUCUCUUCCUUUGCCGAAUGGCUCACAUCGGCUGAGGACUUGUUCUGGGUUUCGGGUAAGCCCGGCUCCGGCAAGUCGACGUUGAUGAAGUACAUUUGUAUGCAUCGAGAGACCAGGCGGAGGCUGCAAGCCUGGGCCCAGGAUGACCGACUCAUCAUGGCGGGUUUCUUUUUCUGGAACGCCGCCAAGCAGUCCCUGCAGAAGUCGCAGCAGGGGCUCCUCCGGUCUCUACUUUAUCAGAUCCUACGACAGUCCCCGGAACUCAUCGAGCACAUCUACCCCGAUAUCGGGCACACGCAGCUGCAACGCCACUCGAGCACCGCCAGUCACCCAGGGACAUGGGACAGGACUUUCCAGGUACCAAACCCAGCGACAAGCGUGCUGGGCCUGAUAUCCGUCCUGCGCAGGGCGUGUGAAUUGCUCGCCGCGUCUAACGAGAAGUGUUGCUUCUUUAUCGACGGGCUCGACGAGUUUGAAGGCCAACCCAAGGACAUAAUAGAUUUGAUCGGCAUCCUUCGGUCCAUCCCCAACGUCAAGAUUUGCAUCUCCAGCCGUCCGUGGAACGAAUUCGAAGACAAAUUCGGUCAAUCCGGCUCCCGUAAGCUUUACAUGCAAGACCUCACCCGGGAGGAUAUUCAGAAGUACGUUUGCGACACUUUCGAGAACGAUGUCAACUACCAUGAGCUAGAGGAGGAGGACGGGGCCGGACGCAACCUGAUCAAUGAGAUCAUCGAGGCCGCCCAAGGUGUCUUUCUCUGGAUCAUACUAGUCGUCCGGUCGUUCCAGGAGGGGCUCGUCAACGGCGACAGUAUCAAGGACCUCCAGGUACGGCUUCGACAGCUGCCGCGAGACCUCAACGAAUACUUUAAGAAGAUUCUACUCUCCGACGUCCCAGAGUUUUACCAGCAGCAAUCCGCGCGCAUCUUCGCCGCGGCGCUAAACGCCCACGAUCCACUGCCUCUCAUGACCUACUGGUUUAUGGAGCAAGGGGAUGCCGACUAUGCCUGUGAGCUUGAGAUUGGCCCUCCGGUCAACGUCCAACAGGCUAUCAAGCGACACAAGCAGAUGCGGAAGCGGCUUAAUGCCUGCUGCAAGGGCCUCCUCGAGGUUCACUCCCAGCUUCCUUCGGUCGAUGAAAGCAGGUUGUCUUACAGCAUCCACUUUGGGUGGAAAGUGGACUUUCUCCACCGCACCGCCAAGGACUUCCUCGCCAGGGCCGAGACGCAGGCCUUUCUCGCCACCUGGGAUCCCCCGGCCCCCGGCACUGAUGUGAUCAUCUGUGGCGCUAUCUUGUCGCAGAUGAAGACCGCGCCGCACAGAUAUUUUAUGUUCGGAGAAGCAGGCUAUAUUACCCGCUUGCUUGAUUUGUUUCUCUCCCACUGCAGAGCCCUGAAUGACAACCCAGGUUCAGAUUGCGAACCGGCUCUGCUGGGGCGGUUCCUGGAUCAGCUCGACGCGGCGUUACGCGGCCUCGAAAAGGUUAUUCGGGACAACUUCUAUCACACAAUGCUAUCAUCCCUCUUACGCGAAGGGUUUGGGAAGAGCUGUAGCCUGAGGCCGGCCUGCACGAAGUUUUUGCACGUCUGCGCAAAAUACGGCCUUUGUCGGUACGUGAACCAGGAACUCGGUUCCCGGCCAAACGAGCCACUUCUUCUCGCGCAGUUGCUGCGGGUCGCCGUGGAGGGUGCCGAUCGACCCAUGGUCCAGGUCCUGCUGCGAGGAGGCGCCAACCCCAACGACCAGGUCAGCGGGUAUCAAUCCAACUGGGAAUUGCUUUUGCAAGACGUUUACAAUAUUAGUAUAUCUGUCAGCCGCCGCGAGGAAAAGGAUCCCAGCCUGUAUCACAUCAUCCAGGAUUUCCUGGACAGCGGUGCAGACGUCGCGGCCAGGUUCGACUUUGGGUACGAACCGUUCUCCUCGCGUGAGAUUCUCCAUCGCGCGCUGCCGCAGGAGUACAUGGCGUGUAUCGAUCAUUUCUUUGUCGACCCAAGGCAUGCUAAGGCGAGCUAUGCUAAGGACGUUCCCCACGAUCUUGCAACAGUUGGCCCUGGCCAGAAUCAUGAUAUCUCCAUCGAUCCGAAGCAAGCCAAGAGUGUUUCCAACAGUCCUGCAGCAGUUGACCUUGGCCAGCAGGUCCUGCUGCGGGGAGGCGCCAACCCCAAGGGCGUUCCCCACAAUCUUGCAGCAGUUGACCUAGGUCGGAGUCAUGAUAUCUCCGUCGAUCCGAAGCAAGCCAAGAGCGUUUCCAGCAGUCUUGCAGCAGUUGACCUAGGCCAGAGUCUUCAUCGGGAAGCUUCUCCCGGGGUUCGGGCGUUCGCAAGGACGCGGUUCUCGAGGUUGUCAAGUUGGUUACGCGGUUUGCUUGGCAAAGGCUCCCGAUCUUAAACUCUUUUCCUUGUUUCUUUUUCUUGUUUUUAAGGUUAUAGAAGGCUGCCUAGUUAAACAGAUUGUGUUUAUAAUAAUCAAGCGCGUACGGUUUAUAUGCGCAACAAUUCCAGUCUUUUCGUCGCCGUGAAUUAAAAUGUCGAGGUACCAUAUCAG